AUGUUUCUCGCGCUGGUGUUGGCUGCGUUUGGGCUUCUGCUGGCCUACGGCUACUACCGUGUGAAAAAGUUAGUCAACUUUUGGGUCGAUCGAAAUGUACCACAUAAUCCGAUGAACUUUGGCAAGAAUUUGAAACCGGGACUUCAUUUUGGUAAGCAACUGCAGCAAUAUUACCACCAGUUUAAGGGCCAGUAUCCAUUCGCCGGUCAUUACUUAUUCAUCAAACCGGUGGCGUUAGCCAUCGACCUGGAACUGCUGAAGUGCAUAUUCGUGAAAGAUUUCCAAUACUUUCACGACCGUGGGACGUACUACAAUGAACGAGACGAUCCGCUGUCUGCCCAUCUGUUCAACCUGGAAGGCAACAAGUGGAGAAACUUGCGCAUGAAGAUCUCGCCGACGUUUACUUCGGGCAAAAUGAAAAUGAUGUUCCCGACGAUGAUCAAAGCGGGCGAACAGUUUAGCGAUUACAUGGAAGAGAAGGUGGGUGCGGAAAGUGAGCUGGAACUAAAGGAUUUGCUGGCAAGGUUCACUACGGAUGUGAUCGGAAUUUGUGCCUUUGGAAUCGAGUGCAACUCGAUGAAGGAUCCGAACGCUCAGUUUCGGCAAAUGGGACGACGACAUUUCGAGGAGCCGAGAAAUCGUCUGAGGGAUAUGACGUGCUCGGUUGCUCCCGGAUUUGCGCGGUUUCUGGGCUUGAAAAUGAUCGUUCCGGAGUUGUCGGAUUUUUUCAUUAAUGUGGUUCGUGAAACGAUAGAUUUUCGGGUUAAAAAUAAUGUUCAGAGGAAUGACUUCAUGGAUCUGCUGAUUGCGAUGAUGAAGGGCGAGAAUCCAGAUUUAGGGUCGCUUACGUUUAAUGAAAUAGCAGCACAAGCGUUUGUGUUUUUCGUUGCCGGUUUUGAAACCUCUUCGACAACGAUGACCUGGGCUUUGUACGAACUUUCGAUCAACCAGGACGUUCAGAGCAAAGGCAGACAGUGUGUGGAGGAGGUUCUUGCAAAACGUAACGGACAGCUAACCUACGAGGCAAUUAUGGAAAUGACCUAUAUUGAUCAGAUACUGCAAGAAACUCUUCGAAAGUAUCCCCCGGUACCGAUUCAUUUCCGAAUCGUAACCAAAGACUAUCAGGUACCGACCACAAAUACUGUUCUCCCGGCAGGAACUAGCGUUAUGAUACCGGUGUUUGCCAUUCACCGCGAUCCGGAAAUAUUUCCAGACCCGGAACGGUUCGAUCCGGAUCGAUUCACAGCGGAAGCGAUUGCACAGCGUCAUCCCUAUGCUUGGACGCCAUUUGGUGAGGGUCCUCGUAUUUGCGUUGGCAUGCGAUUCGGCUUGAUGCAGGCUCGAAUUGGGAUGGCGUUACUGUUGAAGAGUUUCCGUUUCAGCACCGGAGAAAAGUCUACUGUGCCACUCGACUUUACACCGAAAAGUUUUAUCCUCAGUCCAGAAGCGGGCCUCUGGUUGAAGGUGGAGAAAAUUAAACAAUGA